AGAUUCAAGAAUUCAGACUUCAGAAGUUCAGAAGUUUCAGUUCAGUCUGUUUCAGUUAGACAGAGACUUCGCUCAUCGCUGUUCACAGUACGGGCACAGAGUUUGCUGUUCUUUCAGUUUAUUUCAAUGUUUCGUCCGCUGAACCGCUAGAUUUCUAGUUUUAGAUGAUAUUUGUUUCAUGUUUAAUAUUCCCUUUCAUGAGCAGAAUUUCUGCAUUUAUACGCAAUUAGGGUCGAUGAAAAGUGAAGAAAUUGACAACUGCAAUAACAAAGAUAUGAAUACAAAGUGAAAGAGAAAGCACGACUGAGAAAGCUUGGAGGGAAAGCUGAUAAAGUGUUGUGAAGAACGCAUGUGUAAACAUAAAUACGCAGAAAAUCUACGAAAGUCUGACACAAAGGCCUAAAUAGCUAGUCUGCACCGAAGUAUAGGAUGGAGAGGGUUAAAGAUUAUUUAGUUGGUAUCCAGGUACCCUCCUACUCUCAGAUCAAGAGUGGAGAGUAUUUUCGAAAGUUUCUUCAGACGCCAGAAAGACCAAGUUCUAGUUUUAUCAAAGAUUUUGAGAGCAGCCUUGUUUACAUACAAGAAGUGUUGUUAUGGACGGAUAGAACCACAAGUUUAACCUGGCUGGUCAUCUCACAGCUGUUCCUUUAUCAGUUCUGUCUAGCUGAUACACCAAUUAUCAGUUCAACUGCUUAUGUAUGCCUGCUAAGCUACUUAUAUAUAACAUGGACGCAGCGGGUUUGGCCGACUAUUAAAGUUCCUUCAGAUCACACCCAGGAUACAGAGAGAUGGACCCCCCUGAGCCCUGAUACAUUAUCUGCCCUUGAGCUGGAAACCCUUGUUAGCAAAAUAAAACUUAGAACAGCAGAGAUUUAUUCUGGUCUGUUGCUACUGAGGGUAGAAUACCCUCUCAGAUUUUGUAUUAUUAUGUCUGUAUUCUUCUCUUCUUUAGCAUUAUUAGGAACCAGAAUUUCUACUCCAUUGUUUAUGCACUCGUUAGCUCUUUCACUGUUCUGCAUUCCUACUCUUCUGAUUCACUUAUCUAGAAACAAGAGUUUAGAACCAAGCUUGCUCCUGGCUGGAGAAAUAUUGGUUAGUCUCACCAACCUUGCAGUUUACAGGGGGAAAUCUGCACCACCUCAGGAAAAUGUUGAAUUAGAAGAAUUCCUUCCGGAGCAGAGUUCAGAAACCCUAGCUAGUCUAGAUAUUCAUACCAAACCAAAUAUAGAUAAGGAACCAGAGGAUAGUUUAAGUACGAGUCUUGGGACUGACCUUUGUAUUCCGUCCCACGAGGAGGUUGACCAGCCUAGCCGACCUAGCCUUGACCUCGACGCUGAUCUUAUACCAGCUGAUAAUAUUGAUGAUGAUGUUUCUGACGUGGAUGAGGUUGAAGGCCCUGUUGGACGGAUCAAGGGUGUUGAUGAGUCAGAUUCAGAUGAUGCUGAUAAUAUGUUCAGUUUAUCUACAACAACAACAACAUCCAUCUUGACCUCCCAACUAUCCUCGUUGUUACCAGCAGCCUCGGUUCUCCCAACCAUGUCCUCCAUCCUCCAUCCAGAGAGUAUAUCACAAGUCCUCGGCAGCCUUCUCUCAGAUAACAGUCUAGGGGCCAGGCAAGCUAGACAAUCCAGUGAACCUGAUCUUGAGGAUUUCGAGCUCAUAUCCGAGGACGAGCUGGAGAAAGAGAGUCCUUGAAUCCUAAAGAAAGUUGAACAUUCAGAAAUUCGGAAAAUUCAUAACAAGAAUCUAAUUGCGGUUUUUGUGCUAAAACCAAUGGUAAACGAAAAAUACCGUAAGGACGCGACUUUCGAACACAAACAAUUUUACUACGGCGGUGGUAGGCGAUAACAUCAAUAUAAUGAAGACUACUUUUUAUUUAAGAUUUUAGUGUUAACAAGUUUUUUUUGAAAUACAUGUUUACGAGUAAUUAAAGAGAAGCCUUUUUAAAUAAGAGCUUCUCUUUGUUUCCAUUUAUUUUUGUAUUCACACUGUUUUAAAAGCUUGAUAUAAGUGAAACUGAUAGUCGUCUUCAUUGAAUUGGUAUAUUCGUGUCCCACCGUAUGAUUUUAUUUGUUAAUAUCUAGAACUAAUUUAAUCAAAUUUACGUUUAUUUAUUCACAUUAAACUUAAAUUAAACUAAGAGUUUCAUUUUUUUCUGACUGAAGAAAAUAUCUUAAAACGAAUUAUGGUAUUAAUCGUGUGUGUUCAAGUAUUAAUGCCGACGUUUAUUAAACAAUUUGGAAAAGUUACCAUUUCUAAUGUAUUUUCAUCUUUUAAGUUUCUUAACUUGAACAUUGUAUCAUCAUCCUCUAUAAAGAUUAUAUAACCGGU